UCUCUCAGCUCCUCCUACUUCCGGCGGACGGUCGGACCCCACGGUCGGACCCCACCUCCUAGGCGGCUGCUGUCAGAGCUUUUACGGCCAUAGUGUUGCAAAGCGCUGGAGUGUGGCGGUCUGAGCAACCUGUCAUCCGGAUCCCAGACCUGCUGGCGGUGAAGUAUGUCAUGUAUAAAAGUGGAUUAUUUCCAUGUUAAGUGAAAAUGGCCAAUUCUUUACGAGGAGAAGUACUGACUCUUUAUAAAAAUCUGCUGUAUCUUGGACGGGACUACCCAAAAGGAGCAGACUAUUUUAAAAGGCGUUUGAAGAACGCUUUCCUUAAAAACAAGGAUGUGAAGGACCCAGAGAAGAUCAAAGAACUUAUUGCACGAGGAGAAUUUGUAAUGAAGGAGCUAGAGGCCUUAUACUUCCUUAGGAAAUAUAGAGCUAUGAAACAACGUUACUAUUCUGAUACCAAAAGCUGACCAAUCAUUGCCACCAGCCUAGCUGACAAUCAGUGCCAGCUGUUUGCCUAUACCAACUAUUAUAAAAUAAUUCAUUUAAAAGGGCAACAUACAUAUUUAAAAAAAAAGAGUUGCCUGACUGUACUAAAAUAGGUUUCAAUCUUAUGAUACUGAGAACUUUGCCCAUAAUCCUUUUAUUACUGAAAUAGAUAACUUUAGCACCUUUCAUAAUACAAUUUUGAAAGAAAAUACACCUAAUUUUUAAACAUUUUUAUAGCCAAUUAGUCUUAGUCUAUUCUUCAUUUACUGAUGAGACUGUCAUUAGCAAAUGUUGUCCAACAGGCUUGCCCUUUAGCUAGUGUCUUUGUUUUUUGUUUUGUUACCCCAUUUAGCAUACUGAAGUGCAUAUACAAGGCUUUCUAUGGACACCUCAAAAUGAUUUAAAUGCACUUAUCAAAAUAAGACAUGUGACUUCUAUCUUAAGAUGCUCACUGGAUAACUAGCAUUAUGUAACUAUUAUUCCCAUUAUUCUUUGUGCUGCUGGCCUCCCUUAAAUACUGAAUCACUUCAAGUAGCUUUCAUGAAGAGUGGUAAUGUUCCUGUUUCCACCAUUAAAACUGGUAUAUUUUGUGCCUACUUGUAAUCAAGUUCAUGUGACAACAUACCUAACCCAGACAGGACUUUAAGUUUAAGCAAACACUUAAAUAUUUAUGUAAUGUUCUUAACAACAUUAUAAAUAAAGAACAUUCUAACUUAAAA